AUGGGGCUUUGUGGUUUUUUGUUCUUGAGUGCGCGGGCCGCCUGGGCCAAAGUUGAGGAAGAGGUGGAAGAGUUUGGCCAUUCUUUAACACACGAUCAUUUUCAGUCAGGAGCACAAGAAAUGGCCUGUCCACAUUCGUCUGGUAAGUUAUUUUAUUUUGUUCUUGAAUUUUAGGCGAUAGAAGGUCAACAGUUACGGUUUUUAAAGUUUUAGGUAGAAGUUUGGAAGUUUUAGCUGUCUUAGUGGUAUUGCUGAGUAGGAAAUAGUAGAAAUUUUUAUAUAAAUUUUGGAAGUAGCAUGCUUGAAAUUUUUGACCGACACUUUUUUAUUUUAUUAUUUAAAUCACUUUUUAACUAUUGGUUUAUAUUGUUUUAGCUUUAUCUACGUGCUCAGGAGAAUUUUUAAUGUUUUGAAUAAUCUAACUUACUUUUAUUGCCAUUUUUACAUUUACAAGAGUCGGUUUUUUAAGGUUAAAAUGGAUGAGAUAAACAGGUCUUUUGUUUCAAAGUUAGCAAGGGAUAUUGAUGUAGCCAACCAUCAUUCCAAUGGCAAUGGUAUAUUUACUUAUUUUUUGUGUUGUGACAAGUCAGUGUUACGUUAGUGGUCUUCUUUAAUCUAUCAAAGGUUUUUUCCAUUUAUUGUUUAACUUUUAAACGUUUAUAAAUUUAUAUUGUUGUAGGUGCCUCUAACUGCCACACAAAAAUGAUCGCCAUUGGCGCUGGCUUAGUUGCUGGAGGCGCUGUGGUUGGUUACUUGGUUGGAUCGUAUUUAACAGCUCGUAAAGCCAAAUGUAAUGCUAAAAUCAAGUUGGGAACGGACAAGGUUGUGGAUUCAACGGACAUUGAAGACAUCGGAGAGAAGAAGGCUUUCUGUCGCUGUUGGAAGAGUGAAAAGGUCAGUUUAUCUUUUUGAACUUUGAUAUUAUUAUAGAUAGAUUUAGCUGUUUUUAUAGCUUUCGGUUUCUCUGUAAGCUUCAAAAUAAGAAGUAACCGCUAGAUUCUCUGCAUUUUAUGUUAACAUUACAGUUUUUGCCUUAUCGUGUUUUUAAAUAUAGCAAACUAUGUAUAUUGUAUUAUAAUUUUAAGGUACCUAAAAGUGAAAAAGUAUAGCUUACCUUUUUUAUUAUUAAUCGUAUGCUUUUUUAGUUCCCCUACUGUGACGGAUCCCAUAACAAACAUAACAAGGAAACCGGUGACAAUGUUGGCCCAUUAAUCGUAUCUGGCAAAAAGGAAGGAUCAUAA